AUGGCAGCUACGUGCAUCGGCGUCGCUUUCCUCGUCGUCCUGCUCGAAUUCACGCGUCGAUUGGGCAAAGAGUACGAUUUGCUGAUUCGACGUCAAUGGGCAGCCAGAGCUUUGCAAUUAUCGCGCAUCAACAGCAGCAGGACGAGCACGGAAGAUGCAGCAGCAGCUGCCGGUCCAAUCACCAUCAAGUUCAGAGCCACACCGUUGCAGCAACUCAUCAGGGCACUCUUGCACGCCACGACGUUCGCAGCAGCGUACAUCGUCAUGCUCUUGGCCAUGUACUUUAACGGAUUCAUCAUCCUCUCCAUCAUCCUUGGCGCUGGCCUAGGCAAGCUCAUCUGCGAUUGGGAAACGCUCCAAAUCACCCUGGACCAAGCUGACAUCGCAAAGGAGGACAGGGCGGCCACCACUUGCGAAGAUCCCACCGUGUGCUGCGGCUAG